AUGCAAAUAUCCCUCUCAACCGCCCUCCUCGGCGUCCUCUCCACCUUCGCCGGCUCCUCCGCCGCCUCCUCCUCUAAACCUCAAUCUCAAUCUCAACCUCAAACAACCAUAACCCUCUGGAUCCCGUCCUCGCAGCCCCUCCCAAACCCGCACGUCCUCCCAUCCACCACGCACGCAACCCUAUCCGCCCUGCGCGCCGGCUACCACGCGCCCCUCACCGCCGCCGGCUCCUUCGUCUUCCGGAACGUGACGCCCGGGUCGUACCUGGCCGACGUGCACAGCGGGACGCACGCCUUCGCGCCCCUGAGGAUCGACGUGCUGGCCCAUACGCCCGCGGACGAAGGGGACGCGGGAGAAGAAGAAGGUGGUCGGCUGGCGGUGCGCGCCUGGGAGACGUACCGCGGCAACGAUUGGGAUAACAAGGGCCAGGAGGCGCCGCGCAGCGGUAGCGGGUUCGCGGUGAGGGUGCUGGGGCCGAAGGAGUAUUUUGUCGAGAGGGGAUCUUUCUCCAUCCUCAGCAUCCUCAAGAACCCCAUGAUCCUCAUGGGCCUCGUCAGCAUGGUUCUAUUCAUCGGCAUGCCGAAGCUAAUCGAGAACAUGGACCCCGAAAUGCGCGCCGAAUGGGAAGAGCAGCAGAAGAGCAACCCGAUGAGCAGUCUAAUGGGCGGCGGCGGCGGCCAGCCCGGCGCCAACCCCAUGGGCAACUUCGACAUGGCCGCGUACCUCGCCGGCCAGGGCACCAAGAAGGACGACCCGGAGCCGGCGUCGUCGUCAUCGUCUAAAGGUGGGAAGAGGUAG